CAACGAGUUGACAUUAGCGCUUCUCACAUCUCUAACAUUGUGCCGCUCGUUUUCAUUCUAAAAUUUUGUAGGCAUUUUAAAUUAAUAUCACUACCAUUAUUUAGCAUCAUACAAAAAUAUGGAUCAAAUCAUAAACAAGGAGAACACCGGCGUUUAUUUGCCUUCUCAUCCUAUGAAAAAUAGCAAUGCAGCCUUAAAACUAACUGUUAAAAAGAAUGUGCUGGGAAAACUUGACAAUGUUAUACACCAAACGCCUGGAAUUACUCCAUUUAAAAGCAGCAGUUCUGUAAAACUUGAGGGAAGUAAUGCCAAGCUAUCGAUUCGGAAUGCUGCCAAACAAAAUGUAAGGGAUCGAGAGGAAGUUACUGCGAAGUCGACCAGCUGUUUUUUGGGUGCCUACAUGGUAAGACGCGUCGAGAUCCAUCCCAUAAAUUUGUUCAACUACACGGAUUUCCCCACCGAGCGCUGUGUAAAAAAAUGCAGCAAACCAAUCACCGAAACCUGGCUGGAAAAUGAGUCUGAAUAUGAUGACUUGUGCGAACGAAUCCUACAUGACAUCCACACCCUGGAGGAAGAUUGGGAUAAAAGAGAGAUACCACAGUUAUGCACCGAUUUCGAUCAAAAUCCACCUAUAAAUGACUUAGAUAUUAUUGAAAGUGAUGAAUGUGGAUCAUUUUUUGACCUCCCUCUGCCGAGUUUCAUUAAUGUAGACAUUCUAUUUUAGUUAAUCAUUUUAAAUUUGUAUGUUUAUCUUUAGAUUAAGGAUACUAUUUGUGGCUAGUGUCUAGUAACGUGUGAAAACUUCAGUAAAAACUUAUAUGUCA